AUGGCAUCCGCAACGGGCAUUCCAGAUCAAAACCCGGCUACCUUGGAGCGAGGAGAGGACGAGCCGUUGCUCGGAAGAGCUGGAGAUGCCUCACAGCAGGAGGAGAAGCCGCUUGCCUACAACUUGAUACUGGGAACCGGCAUCAUCGCUCAAGCUGGCGUUUUGAUACUUGCUGGGAUCAUCUGGGGGAGUGUGUUCUCUCAUAAGCUCAUGCUGUUUUCAGCUCAUCCGUUGUUGAACUCCGCUGGCCUACUUCUGCUCGCCCAGGGAGCCCUCAUACUACAACCAACACAUACCCCGGAGCAGAAGAAGCACGGAACCUGGGCACAUGCGAUCAUCAACCCGACCGGUGUGUUACUCCUACUCGGCGGACUCAUCGUGAUCGUAUACAACAAGGCCGCCCACAACGGCACGCAUUUCGAGUCCCCUCACGCCAUACUCGGCCUGAUCACCUACAUCCUGAUCCUUAUCCAAGCAAUAGUCGGCUUCACGCAGUACUUCGUGCCUCAGCUCUACGGUGGAGAGGACAACGCGAAGGCAAUCUACAAAUACCACCGGUGGGCGGGCUACACCAUAUUCGCCCUUGCGCUGGUCACCGUUGCGGCGGCGACGCAGACGGACUUCAACAAGAAGGUCCUGCACAUUCAGCUUUGGGCCGUCAUUGCGGCUGCGGUGAUUACACUAGCGGGUAUCCUGCCUAGAAUCAAGAAGCGGAAGCUUGGCUUGUAA